GAAAAUAUUAUUUUUGGUAUAUAAAGCCACAGUGGGCCUUAGGGGGAAAGUAAAAAUAUAACAAAUGUACGAAUUAGGCCCUUUGCGCAUUACUUGCGCUGCAGUAACGUGAACGAACAUGAAAGGAUUUUCCAGCGCGGUGACGCAGAGCGAAGUGGGCGGGGCCGCUCUGAAUCAGGAACAAUCCUAACAGCCUUUUCUCUCCAGAAGCUGAAAUUCACCUUCGGGAUGUUGUGAUGAUUUUCUGAACAGGCUUCAAACCUCUGACGUUUAGACCUAUAAGAAAUGCCAACAUGGGCUCUAAGUGGAAGUUCAGCACCGCAGAGGGAGCUCGGAGAAAGUUGUCUUUGUGUCUUUUAGCCAGCCUGUCCGUUUGCUUCUGCGUUUGCGGAGCUGAAGACAGUGCGAUGGAGAACAUCGUGACAGAGAAGAAGGCUGAAGAAAGCCACCGACAGGACAGCGCCGACUUACUCAUCUUCAUUUUGCUCCUCACACUCACCAUCUUAACCAUAUGGCUGUUCAAACAUCGUCGCUUCAGGUUUUUACAUGAAACGGGCCUGGCUAUGAUCUAUGGAUUGCUUGUUGGGGUUGUGCUACGCUAUGGGAUCCAUGUUCCCAGAGACAUUAACAAUGUCACACUGAGUUGCCAUGUCAAUUCUAGUCCGGCCACACUGCUGGUAAAUGUCAGUGGCAAGUUCUAUGAGUACACGCUGAAGGGUGAGAUCAGUGCCAAUGAAGUUAGUGACGUUCAGGACAACGAGAUGCUUCGUAAGGUAACCUUUGACCCUGAAGUGUUCUUCAAUAUUCUUCUGCCUCCGAUCAUAUUUCAUGCUGGGUACAGCCUAAAGCGGAGACAUUUCUUCAGGAACAUGGGCUCCAUUCUGGCUUUUGCUUUUGUCGGAACAGUGGUGUCCUGCUUCAUCAUUGGGUUACUGAUGUAUGGCUGUGUAAUGCUGAUGAAGCAGAUUGGCCAGUUGGGUGGGGACUUCUUUUUCACUGACUGCCUGUUCUUUGGUGCCAUUGUGUCAGCCACUGACCCAGUGACAGUCCUGGCCAUCUUCAAUGAGUUGCAGGUGGAUUUUGACCUCUAUGCUCUACUGUUUGGAGAGAGUGUUCUGAAUGAUGCUGUUGCUGUGGUGCUGUCCUCGUCCAUUGUUGCCUAUCAGCCUGAGGGAGACAACAGUCAUACAUUUGAAGCCAUGGCAGUGCUGAAGUCCUUUGGCAUCUUUUUGGGCGUCUUCAGUGGCUCCUUUGCUCUAGGAGUGGCAACUGGCAUAAUGACAGCUUUGGUCACCAAAUUUACCAAGCUGCGGGACUUCCAGUUGCUAGAGACAGCAUUGUUCUUCCUCAUGUCCUGGAGCACGUUCUUGUUGGCAGAGGCCUGUGGCUUCACAGGUGUGGUAGCAGUUCUUUUCUGUGGGAUCACUCAGGCCCAUUACACAUAUAACAACCUUUCCCCUGAAUCACAGGACAGGACCAAGCAAUUAUUUGAGCUACUGAACUUCUUGGCGGAGAACUUCAUCUUUUCCUACAUGGGCCUCACCUUGUUCACCUUCCAGAACCAUGUCUUCAACCCCAUCUUUAUAGUGGGAGCAUUUCUGUCUGUGUUCCUGGGCCGUGCGGCAAAUAUCUACCCGCUCUCCUUCCUGCUCAACUUGGGCCGCAGAAACAAGAUAAGCUCCAACUUUCAGCACAUGAUGAUGUUUGCAGGUCUGCGAGGAGCCAUGACCUUUGCCCUCUCAAUCAGAGACACAGCCACAUAUGCACGACAGAUGAUGUUCUCCACCACACUACUGGUGGUCUUCUUCACUGUGUGGAUCUGUGGAGGAGGCACCACUCAGAUGCUGUCCUGCCAGCACAUCCGGGUUGGAGUAGACUCAGACCAGGACAAUUCAGGUGUGUUUCUGCAGAUUGGCCCAGAUGGAAUAGAGAGGAGGAGCACCAAACAGGAAAGCGCCUGGUUAUUUAGACUCUGGUACAACUUUGACCACAAUUACCUGAAGCCCAUUUUGACUCACAGUGGGCCUCCACUCACAGCCACACUGCCAGCCUGUUGUGGCCCCCUGGCCCGAUGCCUAACCAGCCCACAGGCCUAUGAGAAUGAGGGACAACUGAAAGAUGAUGACUCUGACCUCAUCCUGAACGAUGGCAACAUCAGCCUGACAUACGGUGACAUCACCGUGAGUACAGACGCCACAGGCACACGCACCAGUGGCCAACCCGUGGGUGGAAUCAACUCAGAUGAGGCUCUGGACAGAGAGCUGACCUUCGGUGACCAUGAGCUGGUGAUUCGGGGCACACGCCUGGUCCUGCCCAUGGAUGACUCAGAGCCACCCCUGCCUCGGGACCCCCGCCACCACCGGGAGCUUUGAACUGCAUGGCAAAAAACAAAAUCACGUGUGACACGGCUGAGUCUGAGGCAUUCCUACCAAUCUGUCCCUUUCUCCUUAACCUCUACCACCUCUAUCUGGAAUGAUCCCUCUCUGCCUCUUUCUCUCUUUAUCUUCACCCUUCUCCUCUCUCUGAUGUGACUGGUUUGAUGUCUCUACCUCAUUUGUCACUUUUUUUUGUUCCUCUAAAGUUGUCUGUGUAAUUUGUCAGUUCUUGCCAUCCAUCCUCUUUGUGAACUGUUCUGCAACUCUUUUUCACAGCUUGGCUGUUGAGCAGAACCUGCAGCAUCUUGCGGCAUUGUGGCAUUGUCGGCCUGCUCUGCUUUCUCACUGUCUGAAAGGUUACUUUGAGAAGCAAAGCAGUUUGCGGCAGUUCUUUGUUGUCUUUAUAGCAAGGUGUAAAAUAGGCACAACCUGCCGUGUGUGUUAGCUUUGUGCUUUCUUUGGGUGGUGAGAGCUGUUUUGAGGAGGAUUUGGUCCAGUGGUAAAGUUCUUGGGAUUUUUACACUUUCAUACUGCCUUCUCUUUAUGAGAGUUGAAACAGAGGCAUGCUAACUGGAUGGCUCUGUGUUUGCUGUGCAGUUACAAUCAAGUGCCUGUUGAAUGUAGUUUUUCAUUUUCUCUCAGAGUAAAACACUGUCUGCCGUCCACUAGGGGGAGUCCUUGUGUUUUGGUACUGAGCUUACCUGCGUGUCUGAACUGAGGGCUUGUGAUUGGCUACAAGAGGGACGUUAUUAUGUACUUUCUGUAAUUUGUAAUUGGCUACAGAAGAAUGCCUGUCAGUCUGCGUAAUUAAAGGGCCUGGAUCUCACAUAUUGACCUUUGACUGUGACUCUCUGGGAGUUUUACACCUUGUUAUAUAUAUUCAUGUUGUCAGCAGUGUUCUUUUAUUGAUGGUCAUGGGGCAAAAGCUGAGGCCAUUUGCCCUAAUUGGUUAACAUUAUUCAAAAACAGAAAACUGUCAGCCUCAAUAUAUUCUUAUUAAUUUCAACAUGCAGUCAUAUACCACUGAAAUGACUCAGUCAUGUUUAAAUAUGAAUGCCUAACAUAAUCCAUUGUCUCUAUCAAUAGUUCAGACCAAACAAGAACAAAAAGUCUUUUUUUUUUUUUUUUUUUAAUAACUUGCCUGUGCUUUUUUCUGUGGUUUGGAGGCACAUGGUGCAGACAUGCAAAGGACAGAAUGAAGGAAAAAACGCAGUUUGCUUGAUCUCUUAGACCUUUUUUAUGUUCUUUUGCAUGAUGCGUGCUGUGUGGAGAUGCAUCGCAGUGUGUUCUCCCAUAUGUUUUUUGUGGAGUUUCUAUGAAUUUUAUAACGAAUUGAGAAACUGUUGUCAGAUGAUGUGGAAUGUCACUGCACCACAAGUGUUAUGUAAGUCUAAAUGUAUGAGUUAAUUGUCUGAUUUUAGAUGUGGUCUAAAAAAAGGCUGAGUGAGCAGUUUUUAGGUAUUUUGCUGUUUGUACUUUAGGUUGGAAAAAUGAAAAAAAAUGUCUAGGGGGAAAAAGGCCAUUUCCUGUUAGCAGGGGUAUCAGGGUGUGGUGCAGUGACAAGAUGAACAACAAUCUUGAUGACUAAAAAAAAAAAAAAAAAAGAGAAGAAAAUU